AUGUCGCUCUCGUUACCUGGGCCCUCCCAGGCCGGUCUCUUCAAGGCCGGCUACCAGAGCCACGACGCCGAAGAUGGAGCCGUCAUCCGUAACAUCGAAGCCUGCCAGGCUAUCUCGCAGACCGUGCAGACCUCCCUGGGCCCCUACGGCCGCAACAAGAUCGUCAUCAACCACCUGCAGAAGAUGAUCCUGACCUCCGACGCUGCUACCAUUCUCCGCGAGCUCGAUGUCGUGCACCCGGCUGCUAAGCUGCUUGUUAUGGCAAGUCAGCAGCAAGAUGCUGAGAUGGGCGAUGGUACCAAUAUGGUUAUUGUCUUUGCGGGCGAGCUGCUCAAGAAGGCGGAGGAGCUUAUUCGCAUGGGAUUGAAGACCAGUGAUAUUGUUUCUGGUUACGAGAAGGCACAGAACUUUGCUUUGAAGGUCCUAGAGGAUCUCGAGGUCGAUCGACUUAAGGAGAUGCGCUCGAUUCCGGAACUCAGCAAGGCACUUCGGACGGUCGUGGCUAGCAAGCAGUCUGGUACGGAGGAUACUCUGGCUGCUUUGGUUGCGGAGGCUGUUCUGGCUGUACUGCCCAAGAACCCCCUCAACUUUAACGUGGAUAACGUCCGUGUCGUCAAGAUCAUGGGUGGCAGCUUGGAACAGUCUCGUGUGGUUAAGGGUAUGGUGUUCGGUCGGGAGCCCGAUGGAACUAUCAAGCAGGCUCGCAAGGCCAAGGUCGGUGUUUUCAGCUGCCCCAUUGACACCUCGCAGACCGAGACCAAGGGAACUGUUUUGCUGAAGAACGCUCAAGAGAUGGUUGACUACACCAAGGGCGAGGAGGAGCGCUUGGAGGCCGCCGUCAAGGAGCUGUACGACUCCGGUCUCCGCGUGGUUGUUGCUGGUUCUACCGUCGGCGACCUUGCCAUGCACUACCUCAACCGCUUCAACAUCCUUGUCAUCAAGAUUCUGUCCAAGUUCGAGCUCCGACGCUUGUGCCGUGUUAUUGACGUUGUCGAGACUACCGAGAUCGGUGGUGACCGUGUCACUGUUUUCCGUCAAGAAGAGGCCAACGCUGUCACUCGCACUGCCACCAUUGUUCUGCGUGGUGCCACCCAGAACCACCUCGAGGACGUCGAGCGUGCCAUCGAUGACGGCGUGAACGUCGUCAAGGCCAUCACCAAGGACCCCCGUCUUGUUCCGGGUGCCGGAGCCACCGAGAUCCAGCUCGUGGAGCGUAUCUCCGCAUUUGCCGACAAGACCCCCGGUCUGCCCCAGUAUGCCAUUCGCAAGUACGCCGAGGCCUUCGAGGUCAUCCCCCGUACUCUCGCCGAGUCCGCCGGUCUCGACGCCACCGAGGUUCUCUCCCGCCUGUACACCGCACACCACCGCAACGCUAGCGAGGAGUCCUCCGGAGAGGAAGAGGAGGGCAGCUCAUCCGAGGAGGAGGAGCCCUACUGGACCACCGGUGUCGACCUCGAGGCCAGCACCUCCGCCGGUACUCUGGACACUGUCGAGGAGGGUAUUCUCGAUCUCAUGGCUACCAAGAGCUGGGCUAUCCGUUUGGCCAGUGAGUCUGCCCGGACUGUCCUCAGCGUUGACCAGAUCAUUGUGGCUCGGCAAGCAGGUGGCCCUAAGCCACCUGGGCCGAACGCCAACUGGGAUGAGGAUUAA